AUGGAUAACGAUCAAGCUGAUGAAUGUCCGAUUUGUCUGGAGGUAUCCCGCACGAUUCCACUGACAGGAGCUAUGGUACGGAUUGUGGCGGAUAUCACCAUGUGCAGACAAACGAUUGAAGAAUUCCUGACCUACCAAGUUUCUAUCAAGAUGGAUGACGAAGGUGAUGAUGAAUGUCCUAUUUGUUUAGAAGCGUUUCGAUCACCCACUCGGUCGGAUCUUGAAUGCAUAUUUCGAUCCUCGGCAACUGUUCGCCCUUGUACAUCUUCUACAUCUUAUUGUUGCGUUUUCCAUGAGAUCAUUAGGGCAUGAUUGUAGCUAGUGAUAUUAACCACUUUUUUGGAUACUCAAAUACUUGUUGCUUCUCGUGUGAUG